GUGUUUUGUUCCGGUAGGGCUUCCGGGUUCUAAUGUUUACAUCUGGGAGCAGCUACAAAGCACACAGUUUGUUUUCCAGGCUAAUGAAAACCUUCUUGCACGUUAAGAACAGCAUGUUUUCCAAGUGCUAGGAUCUGUGCACAGUCACGGCAGCCUUCACGAAAUCAGCUGCUGACAAAAAUAACAGUAAAUGAUGAAGAAGAAAAGUAGACAUACAAGGUCUUCUGAGACGCCGCAAAAGCUCAGCAGGACGCCGAUGCCAGUGGAUGUCACCAGUGAGAAGAGGUCACCUGGAAACAGAGGGCGACCUCGGAAGACUGCCGCUGUAACCACAGAUAGUUUCUACCUGAAUGACUGUGCAACAGAAAAGACCACCGAUGCAGACUUCAAUGUGACGACAGUCGAAGACGCCCAGAAACAUCCAGAGACUAAGUCCAGAUCUUCAGGUAGACUCUCUGCUGCUGUCUGCCGGCUUUGUCACGGGAAGUUUUCUCCGCGCAGCUUGCGGCACGCCUUCAACAAAUGGCCUCAGGAUUCCCUCAGUAUCGUAGACGAGGAGUCAGACGCCGUGGCCCAGUCACCGCUUCUGUUCCACACAGACUUCCAAAGGCUGGUCGGGGUCCAGGUGGACCGUGACCCUCGGCUUUCGGAAUUUAUUUGCAAGAAAUGCCAUGCAAAGUUUUAUAAGUGCCAAAGCAUCCUGAUCCGGUUUCUGCAGAGAGUCAAUCUCCCGCCUGUGGGGAAGGAGAACCUGAAAAAUCAGAAGAAUGCAAAGGGUCCAGAGUCCUCUGUAAACCAUUGCUCAUCAACUCCCUCAUCCUUUACCUCAGACACAAAGUGCCUCCACAGUCUGGUGUCCUGGGCUCAUCACCACGGAGAGGCCUGCCGCUCCUGCCCCGACCUGAAGGAGGUGCUGGAGGGCCAGUGCCUGGGCGCCAUUAAGGCUGUUUGGGGUUGCGUCAAUGGUCACAGAUACAUCAUGGACACUCACCGCAGCACUACCUCCAACCAGUGCUCCAGCAACAGAGCAUUAGGGAGUGGGAGGGGUGAUGGAGCAAUGUCAGAGGAGGAGGAACAAGAACAAGACGGCGAGGAAGACGAAGAGGAGCAAUCCGGCGGGAA